AUGCCUACAAGGAAAGCACCUCAGUCUCCUGCAGCUUCUGUCCUUGGAGUGGUCAGCAGCGCCAAAACUGUGAUAGGAAAUAUUAAUAAAAGAAUUUCAAUGCACCCAUUGGAAUUUAAACUAGUGACUCUUUUGUCUUUAACCAGACACUGCUUAAGUAGCGCCCCUAGCCCCAUUCUCGGGCCCUCAGCACUAAGAUCCACCAGUCCUCCACCCCCAAACCCCCCAGCCCUCAUCCCCCAAGCCCCUAAGCUCCCAAGCCCCCAGCCACAGCCCUCAGGUCCCCAGCCCUCAGACCUCAGGUCCCCAACCCUCAGCCCUCAGGUCCCUAGCCCUCAUCCUUCAGCCCUCCAGCCCUCAUUCCCCAAGCCCCUAGCCUCAGCCUCCAGCUCUCAGCCCUCAGGUCUCCAGCCCUCAGACCUCAGGUCCCCAACCCUCAACCCUCAGGUCCCCAGCCCUCAGGUCCCCAGCCACUAA